CUUCAAACGAAUGGAGAUACGACAUAACAAGAGGACAGACUAACUGACCUGUUACGAAAACAAGAUACUGAGCAUAGAAACCUUCAAGUUCUGUUACGGAAUACCCAUGCAGGGAUUGUAGACUUGUCACAACAGCCGCCAUUACCUGAACCUGAACCUGAACUUAAACUUGAUAAUGGAACUAUGGCUGAUAGAAUAAGAGAUAGGUGAAGAAAAGCAGCACAGGUAGCAGAAAGAGCGUUAGAUGAAAUUAGACAUGAUGGUGCUUUUGAUUAUGAUCCCAGCUUUGAACACAUCAUCGAUGAUAACACCAACGGUUUUAAAGAGAGUGGUGAUUCAGUUUAUGACCAACACCAAUAUCAGAGACCACAGACUCUUCUUAUCGAUACUGAUUUACCAUCUUUUUGCUGUUAUAGGAACAAAGUCUUACUGGGUGGUUAUUCAAAGAACCUUCACAGUACUUGAAGGAUAUCUGAUUGGAUCCAAUCACAUCCAAAUAUUCUCGAACAAUCAAUACAACUCUUUCGCUAUCAUCCUUGGAUUCUAAAAGUACUGGUGAUUCGAGAGAUGGGACUUAUUCAAUGACCAUCAACGGCCGUUUGUUCCAUAGAAUUGAUGGUU